AUGAAGAAGAGUUUUAAAGAGCUCGAUCAGAUUGUUGAUGGAUGGUUAGAGGUUCAUAGGAAGAAGAAGGAAAACCAGGACUUCAUGGAUGCUCUCAUAUCAAUGCUUGAUGAUGCAUCUGAUCUUCCCAGCUAUGAUGUUGACACCAUCAUCAAGUCUACGUGCGUGGGCUUUAGAGCAUCUCCAGGAUAUGCAAAUGAAAAGCUUCCAAACGCAGUAGCAAAUACUGCAACAGAAAAUAAUGAUCCCCUUUCUUUGAUGCAAAAUCUAGUCCCAAUGAGAGAGAAAGUUAGUGUAUGUGACUUUAUUGAAAAAUCAAAUGAGGCAAUUAUGCUAGGAGCAACGGAUACGACAACAGUAACAUUGACUUGGGCUUUGUCUUUACUAAUCAACAAUCCAGACGUGUUAAACAAAGCCCAACAAGAAUUAAAUACUCAGGUAGGAAGGGAAAGGCCAGUGGAAGAGUCAGAUGUGAAGGAUUUGGUUUACCUCCAAGCUAUAACUAAAGAAGUAAUGCGAUUGUACCCUGCAUCCCCUCUAUCUGUACCACACGAGUCCUCUGAAGAUUGCACUCUAAGUGGUUACCAUAUCCCCGCUGGAACGCGACUCUUGGUCAAUCUUUCGAAGCUUCUUCGAGAUCCAGAUGUAUGGCCGGAGCCUAACGAGUUUCGACCAGAAAGAUUUCUAACUACACACAAGAAUUUUAACGUUAGGGGUGCCAAUUUUGAGUACAUACCAUUUGGGACUGGGAGGAGAGUUUGCCCGGGAAUUUCUUUUUCACUUCAAGUUAUGCAUCUUGCACUGGCGAAAUUGUUACAUGGGUUUGAAAUUUCAAGCCCAACUGGUGGCCCAGUUGACAUGGUUGAAGGAGUGGGCUUGACCAACCUUAAAGCCAACCCACUUGAACUCCAUUUUACCCCACGCCUCCCAUCCCACCUAUAUGAUUAA